CAUUCGUAUAUCUGCACGGAUGUGAGCAUGUGCCGUGGAUGAAAUGCAUACCCGGAAAAACAAAACAACAGAAUCGGAGAAACAUUUUGUCAAUGACUGAACAUUGGUCAAAGAGUAACGGCAAAUAACAAGGAUAGCCUUAGACAUAAUGUUAGGGUUUAUCAUUUCGUUUAUUUUUGUAUUAGUGGCAAUACUAUUACUGCGUCAGGACUGGGCCAACAUUACUGGCGAUGCACCUCAAUCGACAGUUCCACCUGCGCGUCUCAUAAUCAAAGAUGAGUUAUCACUGUACACCGGAGAGGAGAACAGCAAGGGCCUUUAUCUGGCCAUUUUAGGACAGGUGUUCGAUGUAGAAAAGGGGAUGAAGCAUUAUGGUCCUGGUGGUGGUUAUCGUUUCUUUGCAGGUAAAGACGCUUCUCUGUCCUUUGUCACUGGGGACUUCACAGAUACUGGUCUGACCGAUGACUUGUCUAGUCUGUCCCCUGCUCAGGUGGUGUCCCUGUACGACUGGCUGGCCUUCUAUCACAAGGACUACGAGCCUGUCGGCAGACUGGUGGGACGGUUCUACAGUGAGAGUGGAGAGCCCACCGAGGCCCUGCUACAGGUGGAGGCAGCCCUGGAGCAGGGGCGGAGACUCAAGGACCAAGCCCAGGCUGAGAAGCAACACCUCCCAGCCUGCAACUCUGAGUGGAACGCUGCCAGGAGAGGACGGGUCUGGUGCUCCACCAAGAGUGGUGGAGUGCAGAGAGACUGGGCCGGCGUACCUAGGAAGCUGUUCUCUCCUGGCUCGGGCCGCUCUCGCUGUGUGUGUGUCCAGAAUUCCUCCACGCUGGAAAACCCAAACAUUCAGGAGUACGAGGACUGCCCCCCUCAUGCGGACUCAUGUCCUGUCAGAGAGUAGAGGGCUCUGGGAAGGCUGAGCCUCUUGCAAAAAGACUAUAGAAUGGCGUAUAUACUGUUAUUUAAAACUCAGGGACUUCCCAAGGUGUCCUAAUCAGAAUUACUGGCUAUUUGAUUUAUGCCCGUUUGAAAAUAACCGAAGUUGAUUUGUUUCUGUUUAGUUCUUUAUGCAUGUACAUUUUUAAGUUCUGUGUAAUUAAUGUGCAGUAUGCCAACUAAUUGACACACUAAUAACUAGGAAUAGAAGGGAAAUGUUUACUAUAUCUGUACAUAGACAAAUUAAAUUGUUUCAUAGGUGUUUUGGUAAUUUGUCAGAUGGGAUGUGAAGACAAUAAGGACAUGUGUACCAGGAAGUUGUACUGAACAUCAUCUUAGAAAUAAGUUGAUGUUUUGUUUUUGUAUGAAAAGUAGAGUGAAAAACAAGAUUCUGUGUUUUUAUUUUUGAUUAACUUUAUGAAAAGUCGUCCCUUUUCUCUCUAAAAAAAAAAAAAAGGACACGGGCUAGAUAUCUGCGCAUAGAGAGAACACAACGUUCAGAAAAGAUUAACAGAGGCAAACAUUUCAGUUUUGUCACAAAAAAAAAAAAAAGCACAAACUGCAUUAAGUACAAAACAGUUGUAGUGGUCAAAAAUAUGAUACAUUUCUGUACAAUUUAACAAUGCUUAUAGUGGACCACUGACGGACCAAUGGCCACCACCAACUCCUCUCACAUUCUCUCCCCUUAUGUCAGAAAUGUCAUGUGGUCUUUGAUAAAGUGCGCCUGUUAGGUUUUGAAAUCCAGACGCAUUAAAACAUACAGGCUGGUUUUCUGGACUAAAGGCCUGAACAUGU